CAGACCCCCAGCAACUCACGCUCCUUGUAUCUGAAGAGGAGGAACACUGUGAGCAGGAGUGGAGCCCAAGUCUGGGGCAGGAGGACCCGGAGGACCCAGAGCCCCCACACAUUAAAGAGGAACACGAGGAGUUCAGGACCAGUCAGGAGGAGGAGCAGCUUCAAGGGCUGGUGUCUGACACCAAAGACUCAACAUUCACUCCUGCUUGUGUGAAAAGUGACUGCAAUGAUCAGGGCCCACCUCAGCUCUCACAUCUUUACCAAACUCAAACUGUGGAGAACAAGGAGAAGCACUCUAUACCCACCAACACAAUUGAAGAGAUCAAAACAGAACCUAAUGGACAGGACUAUGGAGUACCAGAACCAACUAGUGACUCUCAUCCCCUCUGUGUAGUAAAUCCUGGUUGUUCUGCAGCUCAGAGUGAAGCCAAUGACAAUGGGAUGGAAAGUGGAGAAACACUGCCAGGAUCUACACUACUCGAAUCAACUAGAACAUGGGUGAAACAAGGACAAAGCUCCCACACUGAUGACAAGACAGCCAAACAGUUGCCCCAAUUUAAAUCCCCCAGUCAAAGAAACUCUGUUCCUUUUUCUUGCAAGGUGUGUGGAGAGACUUUUGUUUUCAUGGGCCAUUUCGUCCAUCAUGUGCGAGAAACACACACAAAGAACCAAGACUACAUGUGUGGUGUGUGUGGAGAAGACUUUGAGUCCACAGAAUGUAUGAUCGAUCACCUGCAAACUCACACUGCAGAAAUAUAUUAUUGUGACGUUUGUAGCAAACGUUUCUCCUUUGAGUCUCAUCUGAAGCAACAUAUGUUGGUUCACACUGGGGAGAGGCAGUAUCAAUGCAAAGAAUGUGGAAAAUGCUUCAUUCAUAGUGGACAGCUGAAUACGCAUGUGAAGAUUCACACACGGGAGAAAUUGUAUCAGUGCAAAGAAUGUGAAAAAUGUUUCCCCAGUAAGCAUAACUUGGACAGACAUAUGGUGAUUCACAUAUAUUCUAAUCUGAAAAUGCAUAAGACUCACACAGGAGAGAAACGAUAUCAGUGCAAAGAAUGUGGGAAAUGCUUCCUUCAUAAGGGACACCUGAAUACCCAUAUAAGAAUUCACACAGGAGAGAAACCAUACCAAUGCAACGAAUGUGAGAAAUGUUUUGGCCGGAAGGAAAACCUAACCGCACAUAUGAGGGUUCACACAGGGGAGAAACCUUACAAGUGCCCAGUGUGUGGAAAAUGCUAUAGCACUGCACAAGUUCUAAAAUUGCAUCAACUUCAAAGUCAUUAUCUAGGUUUCCAUCCAAUUGGUGAUGGAUUUCCAUGCGAAUAGUCCACAUAGAAAGAACAUGGCCAUUUUAUCAUCAGGGGUGUGUUUCCAACAAACUACAUUUUUCAGCAGAUAACAUGCUGUGUGUGAUAUAGUUAACUUAAGUGCAAAAGUGCUUUUAUGUUUUCAUAUACCAAAUAAAUGUUUCCAUUGCA